AGGGGCCAGCUCGCCAUGUGUCCCUGCACCUGCUGACCCUGGAGUGCCAAGGAUGUCCGCGCUGAGGAAGGCCCUCCCAUGGUCUGAGGCUCGGCCGUAGCUGCCCUCGUCCCAGUGGCCGCCAGUGACCGCCCUCGGCCUGCGCCCUUGGCCAGCAUGGGGACCGCUCAGGUCCUGCCCGGCAUCCUGCAGAAGCACUGCUGCAUCUCCCCCGACAGGAACACAGAGUCGCAGUGCACGCUGUGCGGGGAGCCGGAAGAAGAAGAGGGCGGGGACCUGGUCCAGCCGGGCAUCAGCUUCCCGGGGCCGGCGGAGGAAGACCUAGACCAGCAGCACUCGUGGUCACCCGCCCAGCACUUCAAUGAGGACAGGUACUCCCCGGCCCCCAGGACCAUGAAAGGGCUGUCAGGGAGCCGGAACCCACCCCCGCUGUGCUCAGGCCACACCUGCGGGCUCGCGCCCCCCGAGGACCUGCUGCUGGGGCCGGAUGCCCGGCAGCCCUACCUGCUGAGCCCCGGGGACGGCUGCCCGCUGGACCACCGCCGCUGUUCGCCGCGCAGCUCCGUGCACUCGGAGUGCGUGAUGCUGCCCCUGGUGCUGGCCGACCACGUGUCCAGCAGCACCUUCCCCAGGAUGCACUACAGCUCCCACUACGACCCCAGGGACGACUGCGCCGGGCCCCACGCCAGCACCAAGGUCAACCGGAUCCCGGCCAACCUCUUGGACCAGUUUGAGAAGCAGCUCCCACUGCACAGGGACGGCUUCCACACGCUGCAGUACCAGAGGACUUCCUCCGCCAACGAGCCGCGGGGCGAGAGCCCGGGGCGCAUCCGGCACCUGGUGCACUCGGUGCAGAAGCUCUUCACCAAGUCCCACUCCCUGGAGGGCUCCUCCAAGGGCAACGUCAAUGGAGCCAAGGGUGAUGGCCGGGGCGAGGACCACCACGGCCACCACCCCAAGCACAGCAAGCGGAGCAAAAGCAAGGACCGGAAGCCCGAGAGCAAGCACAGGUCGGGCCUGAGCAGCUGGUGGAGCUCCGACGACAACCUGGACAGCGACAGCACCUGCCGGGCCUCCAGCGUGGUGCACAGGCAGCUGGCGGACCACGCCUCCCACUGCUUCCCAGAGCCGCUGCCCGGCCCCUUCGGGGACCUCUCCCUGAAGACGUCCCGGAGCAACAACGACGUCAAGUGCUCGGCCUGCGAGGGCCUGGCCCUGACGCCUGACGCCAAGUACAUGAAGCGCAGCUCCUGGUCCACGCUGACCGUGAGCCAGGCCAAGGAGGCCUACCGCAAGAGCUCCCUGAACUUGGACAAGCCCCUGGUGCACCAGGAGAUCAAGGCGCCCUUGAGGCCAUGCCAUUACCUCCAGGUGCCGCAGGACGAGUGGGCCGGGUACCCGGUGGGGGGCAGGGACGAGAUCCCCUGCCGGAGGAUGCGGAGCGGCAGCUACAUCAAAGCCAUGGGCGACGAGGAGAGUGGGGAGUCAGACUCCAGCCCCAAGACGUCCCCGACGGCGGCCCUGCGGCCAGAGCCCCUGCUCGCCUCGCUGGCCGGCCAGCCAGCAGGGGAGGUGCAGGUCCAGAGCUACCUGCAGGCGGCCAGCGACGGGCCUGCCAGCCACAGCCUGGACCCCGCCGCCAACUACAGCUCCCCGAAGUUUCGCUCCCGGAACCAGAGCUACAUGAGAGCGGUCAGCACGCUGAGCCAGGCCAGCUGCGUGAGCCAGAUGAGCGAGGCUGAGGUCAACGGGCAGUUCGAGUCGGUGUGCGAGUCCGUCUUUGGGGAGGUCGAGUCUCAGGCCAUGGACGCCCUGGACCUGCCCGGCUGCUUCCGGACGCGCAGCCACAGCUACCUCCGGGCCAUCCAGGCCGGCUACUCCCAGGACGACGAGUGCCUCCCCGCGCUGACGCCCUGCCCCGCCACCUCCACCGUCCGGCCCGCGGCAGCUGUCUCGUACACGAACUACAAGAAAACGCCACCGCCCGUGCCCCCUCGGACCACCUCCAAGCCCCUGAUCUCGGUGACCGCGCAGAGCAGCACCGAGUCCACGCAGGACGCCUACCAGGACGGCCGCGCCCAGAGGGUGUCCCCGUGGCCCCAGGACAGCCGGGGCCUCUACAACUCCACGGACAGUCUGGACAGCAACAAGGCCAUGAACCUGGCUCUAGAGACGGCUGCCGCCCAGCGCCACGCUGCCGACGGCCUGGGGCGGGUCAGCGACAAGGCCGAGGACUUCCUCCGGAGCCGGCACGCAUCCAUCGGGGUCCAGGACUCUGAGUUCCCAGAGCGCCUGCCCUACCCAAGGUCAGAUGUGGAAAUGGCGACCGACUCGGACACGGAGAGCCGCGGCCUGCGGGAGUACCACUCCGUGGGCGUGCAGGUGGAAGACGAGAAGCGGCGCGGGCGGUUCAAGCGCUCCAACAGCGUGACGGCGGGUGUGCAGGCGGACUUGGAGCUGGAGGGCUUCCCGGGACACGUCCCGACGGAGGACAAGGGCCUGCAGUUCGGCUCGUCCUUCCAGCGGCACUCUGAGCCCAGCACCCCGACGCAGUACGGCGCCGUGCGGACGGUGCGCACGCAGGGCCUCUUCAGCUACCGGGAGGACUACCGGGCGCCGGCGGACACGGUAGUGCCGGCGCCCGAGCCCUGGCUGGAGCCCGCUGUGGACGCGGGGGACGGCGGGCGGGUGUCGCCGUGCCGCAGGGACGGCUCCUGGUUCCUGAAGCUGCUGCACACGGAGACGCAGAGGAUGGAGGGCUGGUGCAAGGAGAUGGAGCGGGAGGCGGAGGACAACGACCUCGCGGAGGAAAUUCUCGGUAAAAUCCGGAGCGCAGUGGGCAGCGCCCAGCUUCUGAUGUCGCAGAAGUUCCAGCAGUUUUACUGGCUGUGCCAACAGAACAUGGACCCCAGCGCCAUGCCCAGACCCACGUCCCAGGACCUGGCCGGCUACUGGGACAUGCUGCAGCUCUCGGUGGAGGAUGUCAGCAUGAAGUUCGACGAGCUGCACCAGCUGAAGCUCAACGACUGGAAGAUGGCAGAGUCUCCGGACAGGAAGGAGGAACGGAAGGCCCCCCCGCCAAUACCAAAGAAGCCCCCCAAAGGGCGACUUCCGGUCACGCGAGAGAAGUCCCUGGACCUGCCCGACAGACAGCGGCAGGAGGCCCGCAGACGCCUGCUGGCCGCCAAGCGCGCCGCGUCCUUCCGCCAGAACUCGGCCGGCGAGCACGCGGACAGCAUCGAGAUCUACAUCCCGGAGGCGCAGACUCGGCUCUAGGCCCCGCGCCGCCGCGCCCUCCCCUCCGCCCUCCCCACAACGCUUGUGCCGGUGCCCCACCCCGUGCCGUCCCAUCCGCCGCCCUGCAGUCCGUUCUGGGUGCUGCCGGUCUCGGAGCCGGCCGCGCCUGCCGCCACAAGGACGUCUUUUUUAUUCCCCGAUGUCUGACUCACAGCCGGCCUGGGGGCGGCUGGCCACUCCGCUCUCCGGAAAGCGGGACACGCAUCUGGAGGUGGGACCCGGCUCACCUUUUGUUAUUUCUAUUUUUUAUAAACUGUGAGAUAAUUAGAGGCGAGAACAGCAAACGAGUACAAACGGGUGCGUCCCCCCACUCCCUAGAGUGUUAGCCCCUCCCACGUGGCAGACACUGCAGCUUGAAAGGGGGGCGAUCCCCCCUCCCUUCACCCUGGCCUGGGGCUGCUUCCCCUGAACCCAGCUGCCCCGUCACUAGGUUCUGUGGGCCAAGUUCGCGGUAAGGAAAAGUCAUCUGUCCAGCCACCAAGCACCCCACCACCUGCUUCUCCGUAACUCAGGGGCCCAGGCCUGACCCCUGGGGACGUCCUGCACCAUCAAAACGUAAGUGAAACGUCCCUCCCCAGGAGCGAGGGGCGAAGAGCGGGGCGGGGUCGUGGCGAGAGCCGGCGCUUCCGUGGCCGGCGUGCGGACCACCAACGCGUCCUGACUCCGGGGAGGGGUCGCUGUGGGUCCCGGUCUCUCGGUGACUUCAGACCCCGCCCACAGUCCGUCCUUCAGUUCCAUCAUUCAUGGGCUACGUGUGUUUUUUUUUAUAGACGUGUGUAUAUAUUCUCAGACGGCUCUAUCAGUUGACUUUUCAGGGUGCCCUUACAAAUGCAAAACGGCAGAGUUUGCCUGUGUCAGAGGACAGCGCCGUGCCGUGGAAAGUUUAAGAGCCUUGCGUGCGUGCCAGUGUGCGUGUAUCCGGGUCCGAGCAGGGAGGCGAUGCAGCCCGAGUGCGUGUUUCUCUGGGACCCUGCGCGCCAGGCAGCCCCGCUGCGCCGGCGUCUGCUUCGGAGGGUGACGGGGAAGAGGUCGCCCUGCCCCGCUGCGGGCCCCCACAGAUGGGUUUCCGUGGCUCUGGUGGGCACCGGGCAACAGCAGGGAGGACGAAACCAAAGGCUCCUGUGUGCGUAACCGAAGCACGGUUUCCGAGGCAGAGCCUGUAUCUGUUUGGCCCUGAACUCAGAGCCUGCCCAGUCACUCCGGGUGAAAGCAGGCCCUGGUCUUCCGCUCGCUGCUGCUCCGGGCAGGGCUCGGCCACGCAGAGCCACUUCCCCGUCCCCUACUGUAGCACUUUGUCCCCUCGGCCCCACCCGUGACUUGCACUUUAAGCCCUGCCCACCUCCGUCUGCGCCCGGCCCCACAGCUGAGCGCGGCGAGGCGGGCCGCUGGCCCUCGGCAAGCCCGCAGGUCCUUCCUCAUCCCUCCACCCCGCCACGCAUGGGGCUAGUCCGGGGCGCAGUGGACGCUCAAGCAUGUCUAGCUUCAAAGUUUUACUUUUUUAAAGCUGAGUAGUUACGAAUUCCCUGUAAGAACAACACCCUGUACACGGAACCUCAUAUCCAGUAUAUAUUUUACCAAACAGCCUUAAAAUAUAUUUGGAAGCAAAAAUCAGUACGAAUGUAUAUCCUUGAAAAAUGCAAAAAAAAAAAGUUUCCCUGAAAUAUUCUUCUAUAUGAACCCUAUUUCCCCAGAGUGUUCAAAGCAUUUUUUUCUACCUAAAUAAAUUCCUAAAUCCUGGGUAGUGUCCCACGCGAUGCUUCUCCCUGCACCCACUGCAGUGUGUCACGGACACAUGUAUGUGCAAACACUGGCAUUUAGACUUCAAAGAUGGACUCUGCGACGGCCCGCCCUCUGGGGAAGACCCGCAGAGAACGUGGGGACACGGGUUCCCCGCAGAGCAGUGAAAACGCCGCCGCGCCCUCCGGCUCCCACGCCCGGCCCCCCAGCACCCAACAGGUCUUCUCUCCCUUCCUUCCACCUGUACGAAAACGCAAGACAAAUUAUAAAACUAGACAAUAAUUAUUGAUUUUGGAUCCCAGACUCUCUCAUCCUGACUUGAAUGAAAGUAUUCUCUGGAUUGGGAUUCUUUUUUUUUUUUUUUUUAAUGUUUUGCAUAGUCAUUUUUAUCCUGAAGUUCCCCAAAGUCUUGUCCUCACCCACCCCACAGCUCCACGUGACAGCAGCCACUGACUGGAAGUGGGGAAGGUGUAGGGACGCGCUUGGCCCUCCAAGCCCCAAAGAAGGUCGCGGCCGGCGGAGCGGACGCGGGACCCGAUAGAAUGUAACCUGCUCGCGCGACAGGACCCUGCGCAACAGCCCCGGUUCCCGAGCCGCGACCUUCCAUCCCCGAUGCAGAGAUAAGCCAUG